GCAUCAUCGGUGCUUGCACUGGCAGCCGCUGCAAGCCCUCACACGACCUCUUGUGUCUUGCUGACAUAGCUAUACCCGGUUGCUGUUGGAGCACUCCUCGAGCGUGUCUUAACCAUCGAGUUCCCAGACUUCCGGACACCAAGCUGUCCCUGUUCCACGAGCACGAGCCUCCUCGAGUGUGCCCGAGAUCCUUCCCCGGAGUGCGUGCGCUCCCUAUACUUCCUCCAUCAACCUCCCAAGAGCAAAACAAUACAAAUUAAGUGGCACAAUAGAAAGGUUCAUGGGUGCUGUUGAAUGAAUAGAAGGUUGUUGGGUGCGGCAGGGUGUGAAGGUGUUUGAAUAGGCGGAGUGUACAGGCGCAGAAGUCUUCCACUCAGACCACAAUACCAGUAAGUGAAUACACUGCCGGACAAUAGCGUGCGGCACUGGGAAGGAUGUUUUUUUUUUGCUAUUGUGUGGUUGUCAAUGGGGCAUAUGGCUUCUGUUGCGAUGCCUCUUCUCUUAAAUGUCGACUGCUCCUCUGCCCUCGGAGUCGUACACGACGAAGACAAACGCACCGUUCCCUCCAUAUCCCUGUCUCUUCAUAUUGAAAAACGCUGCUGGUCGGCUUUGCAUCUUUACCUGUGUUUGUUUGCCCAAUAUGGCUCCCAGAAGAGCAUAUGUCUCUUUGUUCCCUAACAGCAUUAUCGACGUCGACUUGUGGAAGCGCUUCAUGGAAGAUGAGGAAAUCACAGCUGACUGUACGCCUCCAGUCAAGGACGUCCCUGACAUGGCUUCCACCAAACUAUCCAGUUCGAAGUCCUCCAAUGUCAGCUUGACUGCAUCUGAUCAAGAACAGGCGAUCACGUAUCUCUUGGAACAUUCAAUCGAAAGCAUCCUCCAUGAUCUUCUCCUCGAAAUUCACCAAGAUGAAAAGAUUGCUCGGAUGCAGACUGCCGUCCUUGAAGUCGAACAGAGAGCUGAGAAACUGGCCAACAAGACCUCUCAAGAUGCCGAAAGCACCGAGAACACCGAAAACGAAGCUGUCGAGACUGACGCCGCCGUGUUCAAGUCCGGCCAGGUCCAGCUCAAAGGAAAUCCAAUGAAGACAGUCAAACACAUCAGAUGCCCGAAUUGUCGUCUCCGUCGCUUGCUCUAUCCUCGUGUCGGCUACAAUGCUCGUCCUGUCCCGGAUGCCAAUGAACAGUACUGCAAGACCGAACCGGUGAUUGUUCUCGACAAGCAUGAUGUCCACGGCCAGCGCAAGAAAGGUGUCAAAGUCAAGGGCCAAGCCAAAGGCAAGAACAAGAAGAAGAAGGAUGACCCAGGCUCACCAGCCGCAUCUGAGAACUCUGAUCCACUGACUCCAUCUUCGUCCAUGCCCACCGAAUCGUUCGAGUUCAAGGAGAUCGACUUCCCAGCUGCCAAAUGUCCAAAUCGCGACUCUCACCUUGGUGACCACUGGAAAUCCGUCAAUGUCUUCGCCACGCAUCUCAACGGAAGCUGCUAUCUCAAGAAGGAUCGUGCGGCCGGCCGCGAGGCAAAUGCAAAGAUAGGCGGGACUCCACGUGACAGCAGAGCCAAUUCACCCAAGCCAACCGCCAAUGGCGGUGUCAAGAGAAAGGCAGAGGACGAUGAGAAGGCCAUUGGUCCUGGCACCAAGAACAAGAAGCAGAGGACCGGUGGAGACGGAAAGAGGGGGGACAGGAAGGCUCCUCCGAGCAAGUUGAAGGAAGUCAACAAUGUUGACGAUGGCAAGCCGGGCGAGAGCCCGUUGAAAGAGAUCAUAGGCGACACAAUCCAUGUGACGCCAACCAAGGCGGCAAGAGACGCGAGCUCUGAGCCGCAAAUCAAGCUCAAGCUCAAGGCGGGCGUCGGCGCUGGCGCUGGAGAGGGGCCGGCUCGCAAGAGGCCGAGCAAGGCCAGCAAGAAGGAGAGAUAAAGUGUAAAACUAAUUUCAGUGGCAUAGCGAGGGCGGGUUUUGUGUGCUUGUUCUUCUCGGCGUUGGAGAGGGAGUGCUGCCCAGGCAGCACCCCACCUGUAGUGGAAACAGGUGGUAGACAAUGUCAUGAAUCUUGUAAACUUG